AUGAUCAACAUAUUUGAGGUCUUUCUCCCACAGUUACUUCGAUACCCCAACCCAUCAGAUCCAUUGAACGGUGAUGCUGCUGCCGUUCUUUUGCGUGAUCCCAAGAAAUAUGACGCCAAAGUUAGGGAAUACGUCACCAAGUAUGCCAGCAAAGAUGCUGCGGAUGAUGGCGGAGAAGACACAGAGGAUGACGGCGAGAUGAGCUCGGUGGGCAGCUACGAGUCUGGCGGUGAAGAGCCCGCUGGUGAGAUGGACGAUGUCUGA